AACUAACUAUCCAAAGCAGGGAUACAAAGCUAACCAUUGGAGCAGCCAACAGUUCUGUGAACAUGCCGCAUUUGUUUCUUCUCGAUCUGUCCCACUCGACAGGUCUGGAACUUCUCAGUGAAGGCUUCUCCAAAUACCCCAAUCUGACUGAUAUCGACAUCACUGGCUGUGGUUUAGAACAACUGCUAGACUCGCACUUUGCUAUCGAUUCCAUGGUGCACUUGCUGAAGGCAGGUCACAAUAAGCUUAGUUCUCUGUCGAAGGAUUUGUUUAUCAGACUUCCCCGUUUGCAAAAGGCCUAUUUUAACCAUAAUGGUUUGAGUCAUUUGGAAUUGCCGCAUAUGCCAAAUCUUAGGUACUUGGAGCUUCAAAGAAAUAAAUUAACUGAUUUCAACCUUAACAAUUGUCCACGCUUGGAAUUCCUCUACAUCAAUGACAAUCAACUCACUCAGAUUACACUACCUUCAGGUUUUAAAAAGCAAUCUCCACUGCGAUUAUUGGAACUUACAAACAAUAACAUAAGUGUGCUUUUCGAAAACCAAUUCGAGUCGCUGGGGAAACUUGAAAUACUGGAGUUAUCUGGCAAUAAAAUCACCAUGUUAAGCAGUGCUCACUUUACAGGUCUGACUACGUUACAAUAUUUGAAUGUGGCCUCAAACGGGAAAAUGGAGCUAAGAGGACACACAUUUGAAGCCCUCGAGCGUCUGGAAGAUCUCGACUUGUCAAACAAUGAUCUCGAAAAUCUGAGUCCGCAUCUCUUCGGAUACAAACAGGUGGAAAAGCAAGGUCGGUAUGAUUACUUGCCAAUGACUCAUAUGCUCAGUCUUUCUCUAUCGGGCAAUAAGCUCCAGCAUCUGCACCCAAGAACCUUUGAAAAAUUGCCUCUCGAUUGA